GCACCUAGCGCUGAGCGAAGCAGUACCGUGUAUCAUUAACCAGUAACCAAAGACCCGCCAGUAUUUCACGAUGAGAAACAUUCUGUUCGUAGUUGCCUGCCUUCCGGCCCUGGCGUUCGGUCUUGCGGUGAGGCCUUGUGCCAACAAUGCACCCAUCCCGCAGGAUGUGCGCGUUGUAGGCUGCACGGUAGAACCCUGCGUCAUCCCGAUCGGCGGUAUGGUCGAUAUGGACUGUGACUUCGUUUCGCCCCGUGCCUCCCAGACGGUCCGGGCGACGCUGGACAUCUUUUUGGGCGAUUUCCGUGUACCGUACGAUCUGCCGGCCGAUCAGACGAAUGCGUGCAACUUCUUCGAAGCUGGCAGCUGCCCGGUGACGGCGGGUGAGUUCAUCAACUAUCACCUGAGCACACCGGCGGCGGCACCGUUCGCGGGCAUUACCGUCGACCUGCAGCUGCAGCUUACCGACGACAACGACCAGCCACUGUUCUGCUUCCGCUCGUCUGCACAGAUUGUGGCCGUCUAAUGUGUGUAAUAGAAAUACAAAUGUAAUAAAAUUGACUGAUUGGAUUGGGUUGGAAAAAAAACUCACCCCUCAA